UCACAGUAGUGUUGAAACAUACAGACCAAGCAUAGGAGUUUGGACUUCUAUUGGAGAUAUGCAUUUGCCUCGAAGAGAUGCAGGAGUAGUUGCAUUAAAUGGUUUAUUGUAUGUCGUCGGUGGCUACGACGGGACUUCUAGUUUGAAUUCUGUUGAAUUUUACAACCCACGCACCAAUACCUGGACUAUGGUGACAGUGCCAAUGAAAGAUGCACGGACUUCAGCAAGAGUAGUAGCCAUUAAUAGGCCUCGACUUUUUAAUACUUGUAAAAAUUCAUGAUUUUUUUUUUUUUUUGAUACAAUUUAAUAUAAAAUAUAAAUGUUUUUUUCUAUUGUUUUAUAGUAUCUUAAUUGA